GCGAAAUGGGAAUAUCAUCGCCAAACCCUCUGCGAGUCAGCAUCAGUGCCAGAUUCGUAACAACAAUAUCUCGCUCGAUCUCGAAGGACCCGGAACCAUGGCUGUCCACCACCACCAUCACGGGGAAGCAUGGCAGUAAUCGUACUACUAGACUCUCCAUUAUCGCUCGCAUUGGCUCUUAUCCUCUUCCUAUUCCUAUUUCGCUUCACACUCGUCGCUCUCUAUCUCAUCCUCCUCUUCGCACUCUGUUACAACCUCGUUCACCUCGUUUUCGACCUCCUCUGCUCGUCACCAUCGCCUCCAUGACUUCUUCCGCUUCCUCCGAUCCCAAGACAGUUAGGGUUGUGAUAAAGGGCAGGGUUCAGGGAGUGUUCUACAGGGACUGGACGGUGGGAAACGCGACGGAGUUGGGGCUUAAGGGCUGGGUUAGGAAUCGCAGAGACGGCGCCGUCGAGGCUCUCUUCUCCGGGGACCCGGCUAAGGUUGACGAGAUGGCGCAGCGGUGCCGCCGUGGCCCUCCAUCUGCUGUCGUCACUGCGCUUGAGGUUUUCCCCUGCGAUGACGAUCCUGGCUCCGGGUUUGAGCGCAAACCAACGGUUUGAUUUUCGGGGUUUGUACUUUUUUUCUCUCUCCCUUUUUGUGGAUAUUAUAUAAGUAGCUGGGAAGCCUACCUGUAUCUGCUGCUUUAAUAUGUACGUUUGGCCUACGAAUGAAUAAUAAUGAGUGCCGAAAGUUGAGACCCGCAAUGUAAUUUUGAUCGAUUAUGAAGCUGUGGAACUCAAUGCAGUCUUUUGGCACUUGGUUA